CAGAUGUAGAUAAAGUGGUCGAGUUGUCGGUUGUCGGUUUUCUUGUGUUUUUGUUCGUGAUUUAUUGGCAAAAAAUAUCACUGUUGUUUAUUUAGAUGUUCGCCAACACGAAACACGCAGUGUAAUUGAUUCUUUUCGUUAGCAACCACGUUUGUUAUCUAUCACAAGUGAAGCUAAUCACCUAUUAAUACGUGGACAAUGUAGAAGUUUUACGAUCCAUUUAGGUAAACUUUCUGCUAUGUGUACAGUCUAAUUAAUAUCCGGUUUUAUUACUAAUUCUAGUGUAAAAUAUGAACAGAAGUAAGAGCCAUAACUCGAAAAUGCCAAGAACUGAUAGUGCCGGUGAGACGGACUUGCACUCGGAUGUGUAUCGGCUGGUCGGGGACUCGAAGCCGCCGGAUAUAAAGAUGAAGGGGGAGAGCUCGUGGGUCGCCGGCAUCCAGAUGUUCGCGUCAUUCCUGCUGGCGGGCUUCGGCAUGGUGGCCGCCAGCCUGCUGCUGGACGUCGUGCAGCACUGGCAGGUCUUCAUGCAGGUCUCUGAAGUGUACAUCCUAGUCCCAGCCCUAUUGGGGCUCAAGGGUAAUCUAGAAAUGACUUUAGCAUCCAGACUGUCUACUCACGCGCACUUAGGCCACCUUGAUACUAGUCUAAGUACUUUAGUAAUAGGCAAUCUGUGUUUAAUACAAUGUCAAGCAGUUCUAGUUGGAUUUCUAGCUGCUAUGGCAGCCAUAGCCAUGGGGUGGAUACCAGAUGGGCAGUUUGACAUCCAUCACACUCUCCUGUUGUGUGCAUCUAGUGUCCUAACAGCAUCAUUUGCCAGUUUCAUACUGGGAUUGAUUAUGAUUGGUGUGGUAGUUAUAUCAAAGAAUUUAAAUAUAAAUCCAGACAACAUAGCUACACCUAUUGCAGCUAGCCUGGGAGAUUUGACAACCUUGGCACUGUUGUCUUGGAUAGCAUCUCUACUGUAUAGAUCAAUUGGCACAAGCAUUGUAUUGCCAAGUAUAAUUAUAUUAGUUGGCGCCGUACUUGUGCCUGUCUGUGGGUACACAGCUUGGAAGAAUACAUUCACAAGGCAAGCUUUAGAUGAGGGGUGGGUGCCAGUUGUGUCUGCCAUGGUGAUCAGCAGUGCCGGUGGGCUAAUAUUAGACUACACAGUAUCUCAGUACAAAGGCAUUGCUGUAUUUCAGCUAGUCAUUAAUGGUAUUGGUGGAAACAUGGUGGCUGUCCAUGCAUCCAGGCUGUCCACUAGCCUUCAUACAGGUCAAAAAGAAGGCUCUAUCAUUGGGGGCACUACCAAGAUGUUGUUGCUGAUGGUUAUACCUGGUCAACUGAUUUUCAUUUACACUAUAGGCUAUUUGAAAGCUGGCCACACAUCUUUGACACCUAUAUUUAUUUUAAUUUACAUGGCGGCUGCUCUGCUGCAAGUUUUCCUUCUCCUGUCUAUCAGUCACUGGAUGGUGGUGUGGAUGUGGAAGCUCGGGAUGGACCCUGAUAAUUCAGCUAUUCCAUACCUCACUGCAUUGGGAGACUUGCUAGGAACAGCUUUGUUGGGACUGGCCUUCUACAUUUUGUAUGCUAUUGGAGACAAGGACAGUGAUUUAGGUGACUAAUAAAUUUUAUAUUAUUUGGUCAGUACUUCAUACAUAUCAUAAUUCUAAUUAUAAUUUUGUCAAAGCUAGCAAGGUUCAGCUGCUUUUCAGCGCAACUCAUUCAUUG